GCGCGCGGGAGUAGGCGCGCGCCGGGCGGGGCCUGCGCGGCAGAUGCGGCGGGAGCGGCGGCGCGCGGGCAUGGGGCGGCGGGCUGCGGGCGCCUCCCGGCGCUGAGGGACUGAGCCCGGCGGAUCGGAGCCUGGCGCGGCGGCCGGCCGGCCUCUGCUCGCGGCUGCCUGGUGUCACCUUCCCUUCUGGCAAUGGGGAAUGGACUCUCGGACCAGACGCCGAUCCUCUCCAGCCUGCCUUCUUUCCAGAGUUUCCACAUCGUUAUCUUGGGACUGGACUCCGCUGGGAAGACGACCGUUCUCUACAGGCUGCAGUUCAAUGAGUUCGUCAACACCGUCCCCACGAAAGGAUUUAAUACGGAGAAAAUCAAAGUGACGCUGGGAAACUCGAAAGCGGUCACUUUCCACUUCUGGGAUGUAGGAGGCCAGGAGAAGCUGAGGCCGCUGUGGAAGUCGUACACGAGGUGCACCGAUGGCAUUGUGUUUGUGGUGGACUCCGUCGAUGUUGAGCGAAUGGAGGAGGCCAAAACGGAACUUCAUAAGAUUACUAGGAUAUCUGAAAAUCAAGGAGUGCCUGUCCUUAUCAUUGCUAACAAGCAGGACUUGAGAAACUCUCUCUCUCUUUCUGAAAUAGAGAAAAUGUUGGCCAUGAGUGAGCUGAGUUCUUCGACUCCCUGGCAUUUGCAACCUACCUGUGCAAUCAUUGGAGAUGGACUCAAAGAGGGAUUGGAGAAACUACAUGAUAUGAUAAUUAAGCGAAGGAAAAUGUUGAGGCAGCAGAAAAAGAAGAGAUGAGUUCUAUUUUGACCUUUCUGUUUUAGAGUAGUUACGUGGUCAAAAUUUGACAUAAGACAGCUUCCAAACCCAGGCCUGCUUGUUUGGAUGCCAUUAAGAUUAGUUAUGUUAAACAGUCAGUUGCACGACCUUGCUGUGUCGAAGGCUGUGCAGUUAUGAAACUUUUUUUUUUUUAAAACUAGUUUCUUCUGAGUUUUACGGCUCUGCAUUAUUUCAGAAGCCCUAAUAGAUGAUGUAAUACUAUCAGGAAAUGGAUGGGUGGGUAUAUGUGACACGGAUGUUUAAAUAGCCAAAUAAAGUGAGGGUUUUCUGCUUA